AUGGUCGCCAUGGACGCCCUCAAGAACCUAUCUGCAAACAUACCAGACUGGCUGAAACGCCUAGACGAACUCAGCGGUCAGAUCGAGCAGCGACAACUCGAGCUGGCCAAGAUUGCUGAAGCUCAUGAACAGGCUGCCAAAAUAAGAUCCCUCAAAAACAAGGGUUCUACCGAGUCCCUCAGGCCUACCGACGAAUCUACCACAACACCGACCGGCGAAAAUGAUGGGCCAGCAAAACAAUCAAAGUUGUCACCAACCGACCCUGCAGACCCUGCAACGACAACCACUACGAGUCCAGUCAUUACCUCUGAACCCCGCGAGACACCUUCACUACAACCCACACCUUCAGGACAACUGAACUCAAAUCACAUCGUCACAAUGGCGGAGAAAAGGGCAAGGAGAAACAUGCGCAAACGCAUCAGGACUGACUCGGUCCUAUCGGCCGACGACACUGGCGAAGGUGCUGCACCCAAGUCCCGCUGCCGAGGAGUGGUGCUGGUCUACUACGACAGUUACGUGCAGAGCUUUUUCGAGGAGCUUGUCAAGUUCGUUUCGGCAUCUCGCAACCUGAUGCGCAAGGCCAAGAUGGCUGCUAAAGUGGCCCAGAUAAAACGCAUGGCUGAAAUGGAGGUGCCGGACGACGACGAAGACGAUGAUGGGAUUAAUGGCGAACUCAAGGCGGAUCCCAACGUCUCAUCCUCCCCAGGCCCCAUGUUGGCCGGUCCCCUGACGCCAAGCGGUCCGGUCCUGGAGGCGUCACCGAUCAGCGCAGGUGACGGCGAGAUGGACACGUCACCUCUAAACUACGUCAGUACGAAAGCGAUGCGAUACGGCCGUGCAAGCCCGGGCGGCCCGAACCUGCUCCGGCCGGCUUUUGCACGCGCAGCAGCCCGCGGCGCCUACUCUGGCAGUGGGCUCGCGAUGCUGACAACGCCGCAGGUCCCCGACGCGUUUGACGCUCUCGACAAGGGUCUCGAUUUCGUGCAGGCCACGUGCGAGCAGGCGGCCCAUCAGUUCCUGCGGGACGGCGACUGCGACGAGGAUAUCGUCAAGCUCAAGGCGCGUCUCGCUGAGACGGCAGAGCUGGCGAGCAAGGAGAUGGAGCGGAGGUUGAAGGAAGACCCCGACGUCGACAGCACGCCCGAGCCGGUCAAGAGUAGAUCCUACAGACUACAGAGCAUGCGUCGGGAGUCGGCCACCUCGACUCACAAGGGCAUCAAGGAGCGUGUCCCGUCGCCAGCUCCCCUGGUGCCUGGUUCCCCUCUGGAUCCAUCCCCUCCACUUUUGGCAGCGUCUCCGGAAGCAACUAUGUCGCCGCCCAUCGCCGCCCCGACCAAGACACCUGGGAGCGAUGUUGUCAUCUUGCAUGCGGAUGCGAGACUAGAGGCGGACGGGCCUCCCGAAGCGAUCAAGUACAGUCCCAGGGACAGGGUGGACUAUCGGGUAUUGAAUACCGUACAUUGA